ACUAAUCAGCGAGCUUGAUGCAAGCUAGCUAGCGCGGGGCACAUACUGGCACAUAUACACAGUACCACUGCGCGCGCGCAGCAGUUUCACCCGCCGGCCACGCACCUACCUGGUCUCCGGCCUUUUGCACAGGCACCAACGUGGAAGCACGCCAUGAAAUCGAAGUUGGGCGCUGCCCGCAGGGCUUCCAUUGCAGCAACAGCAGCAGUAAUGUCUCCACCGCUAAUGCCACGGCCAAAGCCGGGCAAGCAAGCAAGGGCACCCCGUCGCCAGCUCGUCACAGCGAGCCUGCUUAUCUUCUGGGCCUUUGCCAUCAUGCCAAUUCUGUCGGCAGGGCGCUCACUGCUCGCGGCAGGUGGCCAGUCGGCAUGCGCUCAGCAGCAGGGCGGAAGCGACCCGUGCUUCCCUGGCAAGUGCCAAGGAAAAUCUGGUAGCGACUUCAGCUGUACGUGCCCGUCAGGCUACAAGGUGGCUGCGAGCAACAAGAAGUGUGACGCGGACCCAUGCGCCUCGGUGGAUUGGGAGUCGGUCGACGCCUGCGUCUAUGCAAACUCCCAGCUCUCGGUGACCUGCAAGUCCGGCUUCGAUUCCUAUAACUCCAACAGCAAGAAGUGCCGUGACAUCGACGAGUGCGAUGGCUUCGACCGCGCCACUGUGGCGUCCUGCACAAACAGCAAGGGCUCCUACACCGUCAUUUGCAAGCCCGGCUUCCAUGACUACGACACCAACAUAACGUUCCGUUCGUACGGUGGUGACAGCUGCAUGACUGCGCCCCCGACCGGCGGACCCAUAUACUUGGCUGCGUGUUCCACGGCCCUGUCAGCCUGGCAGAACUUCAUGGUCGAGGACACGAACACCCUAAACCAGUAUGCGAUCAAGCUGGCAGCGAACCCGGCCAUGUCUCUAAACUACAUUGGCUCCUUCAGCGACGACACCGCCAAGCCGGCCCUUUCCAGUGACGUUGCUUCGAUGAGGACCUGGAUUCUGACCAGCAGGUGAGCAGCGAAAACUAACCUCUAUCUCUAAACUGCUUUGCGUGGUGGCUGGCUAGCGGGGACUCCUAGGGCCGGAGGGCGGAGGCAAGCCGAGGUUGCUUGCGGGCUUGGAUGGUGGGCGGGAUGUAUGGUGAAAUUGGAACAUGCUGGGAGGUUGCACACACGUGUGGUACAUCCUUCAUACUUCAUGAUACUUCCUGAACUGCAGCAAUAAUGGGGUGCCUCUGGCUAACGACCUUGGAUACUUGUGCUUUCUUCACACACAGGACCGUGGGGCAAUACACGAGCUUUACCCUGGUGGGCACCAACCGCUGCAUUGUGGUGGAUUACCCGUCGUUCCACGUCAGGACCUGCAUCGCCUUCCAGGCACAGACACUCUACGUCUAUGCUGCAGUUGUGUAAGGUGCGUGUGUACUUCGGCCCUUCCCUGUUUUGCUGGGCACAUGACCCCCCUCCCCGCCUCGACCGCCCUUAUUCUUGCAUAUGUACAUGCGUGCAGUGACACGUAAGCACGGAUGUCUACCUGCUGCGCGCUCAUCCACCCGUCUGCAACUGGCCUACCCAACACUGGUAGCAGUUCGAAUGAAGGCCCACCGACUUGCCUGGCUGUACUGCUGGGCUGUAGGAAAAUUGAUCAAUAAGCCAUCCUGCCCUCAGGGCUCAUGUAUGCACGCAGUAGGUGGUGCACGGGCCUACCUUGCCUGCAGUAUUCAUGCGCAGUAGAAUUGAUACAAUCGAUCGAAGUCAUCUGGGGCUAGCUUAGCAGUAGCAGUGAGCGUGAACCAUGUACUGUGUAUCUGUGCGGCGGUGCGCCACGCAUGCUUGUCUGUUGACGUGCGUGGGAAGUAACGGACAUUCAUACCAUGCACGGCAGCAGCACGCGCGGGCUAGAUGGGCUCUAAUGACUUCUUGGAAGAAAGCAAGGUUAUCAAGUACUAAGGUGGACGCGCGUGCGGUAGGGAUGUAUGUGUUGACUGGCCUACCUGAUGACCUGCUGGCAUGCGGCAGCGCGCGCGGAGUAACGUACCUUGCCGCGAUCACCCCGCAUGUAAUGAAUAUUUGAU